UGUUGUCAUGCUCUAAACAGUCACAGAGACAUCUGGUCACUCCCUCCUUACGCGCGCGCGAGCGGAUAAACUGAAGCGCUCAGUGAUUGACGGUGAGAGUGCGAUUGCUCUGCUGAGGUUGAGCUGGAGACACGAGAAUCGCGACUGCAUAAAGACCGUCUGUUGAGUGAAAUAUUCUGUCCACUCGCAAAGCACCGGGAAACAUGUUCUACUUUCACUGUCCACCACAGUUAGAAGGAGAGUGCUGCAGGACCAACACAUUGAACACAAAUGGGUUUGGGAAUCACGCCUCUGGAGACUUUGAUGACGGUUUUCUGCGCAGAAAACAACGCAGAAACAGGACGACCUUCACUUUACAACAGUUGGAGGCUUUGGAGGCGGUUUUUGCACAGACCCACUAUCCAGACGUGUUUACGAGAGAAGAGCUGGCUAUGAAAAUCAACCUAACAGAGGCUCGCGUCCAGGUGUGGUUCCAAAACCGAAGAGCAAAGUGGAGGAAGACAGAGAGAGGAACUUCAGACCAGGAGGGAAGCAAAGAACAAAUGAAUGACGGCACCCCUCCUGCACGCAACCUCAACCAGUCUCCUGUUGACCACAGCAGAAAUAAGAAAGAAUCAAUGGAACUACAGCAGAAUAUUAACAGAGUAGUGGGUUCAGGCGGACCUUUUUUCCCAUCUUGUCUGCCCGGGACUCUGCUGAACACAGCCACUUAUGCACAAGCCCUUUCACAAGUGGCAACUUUAAAAGGAAGUCCAUUGUGUUCCUGCUGUGUGCCUGACCCAAUGGGCCUCUCCUUCCUUCCACCAUAUGGGUGCCAGAGUAACCGGACAGCCAGUGUCGCAGCCCUGCGGAUGAAAGCCAGGGAACAUUCAGAGGCAGUGCUGCAGUCAGCCAACCUGCUGGGGGCAGGAUCUACAGCCGGGCCCGGAGCAGGUCCAGGGGUCGGGCUGGGCCAAAGCACUGUUUCUGCGGGAGGAAGCGAUUCCAGUCCUAACUCUGGUACCUCUAAGAUCACAUCACUACGGAGAACUCCAGACAAACAUCUGCACUGCCAAAAGGAGGGUCCGGAUAAGAAAUGAAGGAGUCUUGUUUUUUUAUCUUUUCCUAAUUUGAGGACACACUUUGGAUGAAGGAUUUAUAAUCAAACAUUGAAUGCCUGCUGCCUCUUUUUUGAGAGCACUGACAUACCCGGCACAGGACGGUGUUAAGUGCAAUCCCUUGUUUUGUAUUUUGCGUGUAUGUGUUAAACUAUUAAUUCAACUGUAAUUUUUCCUCUCCUCGUUCCCUUCUACUCAUGAUUCUUGCCAUUGGUUUUCCCUCUUCGGGUGUAUGUGGGCGCCUGGCACUUACUUCGUUUUUUUUUUUGUGGCGGAAUGACUUUUGAACAUGCUGUGUGGUAAAAGAAAACUCCCUGGUUGCCAAUGUGAACUUAUUUAAUUUUUCACAAUCCACUUUGAUGUUUGACUUGUGUACUGUGAAGUCAGGUGAUGAUAGACUUUCUGCAUUGUGUCAAGAUAUAUGCUAUGCUGAAAUAUAAAUGUACUAAUGUGAAAUAAUAUAUGUAAGAUAAUAUCAAGGACAGAACUGUAUAUUAAGUGUUAAGUUUUUAAUGUUUUAUGAUAUGAUCCGGGUAACUCCGAUUCAUGCUGAUGUGAUGGCAACUGACAUCUCUCUUGUCAUUGCAUCUGUACAUCCACGAUAGACUGCAAGAGUUCAGACACUGGUCCUGUUUUGACAUGUUCUAUAAAAUAAUUAAACAUGUAGGCAAUCA